AAUUUUCCCCAGUACCCCCCAAAAUUUUCACACGGUCAAUUGACCCAAAAAAAAAAGAAAAGUAAAAAACCAUUUCCCCAUUUCACAGUCGGUCCCCAUUUCCCCUCUCUCUCUCUUCUCUCUCUACGUUCCCCGUUUACCCUCUCUCUCUCUCUCUCUCUCUUCGUUCCCCGUUAACUCUCUCUCUCUUCUUUUACCCCCUCUCUCUCUCUUCGUUUCUCGACCGAGCUGCCCAGGAGGUGGACAAUUAAGCUUGCCCGCCACUUAUACAAUCUGCCCAGGAGGACGACGACAUUGUGAGUGUCUUCAUCACCUCGACGCAUGGUGGAAGCAAGAUCUGGUUUUCUCCAAUAACAUGGGGAAGAAAACUGAUCCAGUGAUCACAAAGUGCAAGGAGAGUGACAACUGGACCAAGGUGACUUUUAAGCCAGAUUUGGCUAAGUUUAACAUGACACAUUUAGAAGAUGAUGUUGUUGCGCUGAUGAAAAAGAGAGUUUUUGAUAUGGCUGGAUGCCUUGGGAAUAAUGUGAAAGUGGAACUUAAUGGAAAACGAGUUCCUGUGCUAUUAAACCAAGCAAUGAGAUGCAUUUGAUAAUGAGAAACUUUUAGCUUCUAUGGAUAAGUUGAGGAAUGGGCAAGCAGUAGAUAUUCCAAACUAUGACUUCAAGAGUUACAAAAACAAUGUCUUCCCGCCUAGAAGGGUAAACCCUUCAGAUGUGAUAAUUUUGGAAGGCAUUCUCAUUUUUCAUGAUCCCCGUGUUCGAGAGUUGAUGAAUAUGAAGAUAUUUGUUGAUACAGAUGCUGAUGUUCGUUUAGCAAGGAGGAUAAGGCGUGACACAGUAGAAAAAAAUAGGGAUAUUGGUACAGUUCUUGAUCAGGAUAAAAAUUGGGGAGGUGCAGAAUCUGAAGAAGAAGAUGACAGUGAUAAUGAGCUGGAUAUGUCUGAUGAAGACGAUUCUUAUUAUGCAAGGAAAUCAAAAAGUAAACAACGUGGUAAAGGUGGACAUAUUGGUAAAGUAAACAAGCUUAUGAUUUUUGAUAGUUCAGGGGUGAGAGAAGAUAAUCUCUUACAUGGGACUUAUUAUGGAAUAUCUUGUUUGCGUUACUAUAUCUACAGAGGUCAUUUGAUGAUACCCAUAGGUUGUACAGAAAGUCAAUUGGAAAAAAAUUAAUAUUUCAUAAUAAUACACAUGUUCUUUUUUCUUAUUAUUAUUAUUUUUUGCAGUAAUUUUUUGUUACUAUUCUUAAUGUGCUAUGAAUUGGGCUUUUGGCGGGUUAUUAUUUGGAAAAGUACCUUGCCAUGCCAAAUUUGUAAUUCUAAGUUAUUUUGACUGGACUUAACUCAUUGAUGCAAGUUUUGUUAUAAAAAAAACAACUAUUUGAAUGCGCAAACCCCUUUGGAAUAAUUUGUAAAACUAUUAUUGAAAUUUGAUAGUUGCAUGUAUAAAUGGGUGGUGAUUUCGGGUUUGUGUUUCUGACGCUAGAUAAUCAUGAUUGAUAAGAUUUAGUGGAUACCCUUUUUUGCUGGUAUAUGAUUGGCUUCUUAGGGUGUAAAAUAUAAUUGACACCUUGUCAUCUUUCUUUUUUUUAAACAGGCUUAUCAUCUUUUUAUUAAUAUACGGUUUGCUACUUCCCUUUUAAGAUUGGUAUAGUUAGUUUAGAUACAUAGUUCAGGCAUGUUGUCCUAAAUUAAUUGGGAAGUAUUGAGCUCUUUGAGGGCUCAUUUUAACUAAAAUCUUAACUGGAACUUGUUCACUUUCUUUCAGUUUUUCAUAAAUUUUAGGUAGCAUAAUAUCUCUAUUUUUUUUAAUUCCAUUUGCAGCUUAAAAGUCAUCCUGCAGGAUCACAGAGAAAGUGAAUGAUAAGUGGGAGGUUUGUGUGAGCCUUAGUGAUGGGCAAUUUCAACAGUGGCAAAGUCUGGCAUUGUGGAUAGUCUUCUUUCCUGGGCCAACUUCAAGCAGAACAAGGAUCUUAAGAAAAAAGAUGGAGCUAAGACAGAAAGGGUUCACAAUAUCAAUAAGCUGGAGGAUCAUGUAUAUUGAGAUGAUUUCUUUGGAGCAAUUCUUGACAAUAUUUGUAGUUGAGGCCUUUAGAAUGGAAGAAUGUAUUUCACUAAUUUUUUUAUACAUUUUUUGUUUUGUAUUUAGUGAUAAAGGAAUCUGAAUUGUACAUAAAUUAUGUUGUAAUAUGAUUUCUUAAGCCUAGACUAGUAGACUAAAUAUUGUAAUUACAUUUGAGUAAUUAAUAAAAAUCUAUUUAUGUUACCUUA